UGGUCAGCUUAACCCAAAGGCAGCCAAUAGGAGCACUGAAUACUGAAUAGAGGAUUCGGGGGCUAUUGACAUGAAUGGGGUCCUGUGAAGUGCAUUGAAAGUGAAAAACAGAGUUUGGAAACGCCGUUCAAUAUAGUAUGGAGGUCAAAGAACCAGAUGAUACUUGCAGUAUAUUCCCGGCCGCUCUACCGUCUGGUAGCGAAAUCAAGGCUCGUGUACAGCAUUUCAUAGAAGACCAGAUACAGAGCUCAAUGUGGACUGGUGUGCUGAUCGGAGCUGGUGUUGCAGUUUCACUCAUCAGUAUUCUUGUACUUUUUAUGCAAAAAAGAUACAAGGCAGGAGAAGAGCAAGCCGAGGGUCCUAAAUAUCGUUUCAGGAAAAGGGACAAAGUAAUGUUUUAUGGGAGGAAGAUUAUGAGGAAGGUACAGACCCUCUCCUCACCAGCGACCUCAGGUCCAGUAUCUCAAAAGCGAAUCAGAAAAAGAACGAAAGUUCUGUCGAUAGCUCGCAAAAUCCUGCGUAUUCGGAGGGAACCACCAACCCUGGAGCCGAAAGAGCCUCCUCCGUCACUUCUGGAAGCCGAUCUAACUGUAUUUGACAUGCAAAACUCUCACCUGCCCUCUGAGGUCCUGUAUAUGCUGAAAAACGUGAGAGUCCUGGGUCAUUUUGAGAAGCCUCUGUUCCUGGAGCUGUGUCGACAUAUGGUGUUUGUGCAGCUCCAGCAGGGGGAGGGAUUAUUUCGACCAGGAGAUCUUGAUGACAGCAUCUUUGUGGUGCAGGAUGGCCAUCUCGAACUGUGUAUCCAUGAGAGUGAUGGAACAGUGGUGGUGGUGAAGCAUGUUUUGCCUGGAGACAGCGUUCACAGUCUUCUCAGCAUCCUCGAUGUUAUCACUGGUUAUCCAGCUCCAUAUAAAACGGUUUCAGCCAGGGCUGCAGCCCCUAGCACUGUGCUCCGCCUUCCAGCAAAGGCUUUCCAGUCCGUCUUUGACAACUACCCAGAGACCCUAGUCCGGGUUGUUCAGAUCAUCAUGGUACGUCUUCAGAGAGUGACCUUUCUAGCCCUUCACAACUAUCUGGGCUUGACCACAGAGCUCUUCAACCCGGAAAGUCAAGCGGUUCCUCUGGUGUCAGUGGCUGGCGUUUUAGGAGAGGCCAGUACUGGGAAAGGACUGCGGAGGCAUUCUCAGACAAAUGAGGAGUUGGGUGACAAAGUCCCUGAGAGGUCCUCAGAAGACGAUAGCAUAAAGUUAAAUCCAACAGAGAGCCCGGCCACUUUAUUCAAGAAGUCUCGUUCUCUAUCAAGCCCUUCAGUUGUGUCUCCUGGUCAAAAUGUAACCUUUGACAAAGCAAAUGUUACAAAAGAAUUUGUUCCUACAAGUCCAGUUAUUCAAAAGUCUAUUCGCAAGAAGUCAGUGACAAUGCAGCAUGCUCCUUCAGCAGUGUUUCAUUACUCCGACACCGGAGGUCACUCUAGCCACAUUCACCACUGCAAGGUUAAUGCCAUUUUUCAAGCUGCCAAGAAGGAUCUGCUCAAGAUUAUUCAGCUUCAGGACCCCAGUCUUCUGGAAGAUCGAGUUACUCUGAGGCAAGUUAAAGCUGGAUCUGUAGUAGCAAGUGAAGGAGACCAGGACGUGAGCGUGCAGUUCGUGAUCUCUGGAGCUCUGCACGUGUAUCAAAAAUUGAUUGACCGAGAGGAAGAGACGUGUUUGUUUGUGGCACACCCUGGAGAGAUGGUGGGUCACCUGGCCGUUCUCACAGGGGAGCCUCUCAUCUUCUCUGUGCGUGCACACCGCGACUGUUGCUUCCUGUCUAUAACCAAAGCACACUUUUAUGAGAUAAUGCGUGCCGAACCUCGUAUGGUGUUAAAUGUGGCUCACACGGUGGUACGGAGGGUCUCGUCUUUUGUUCGACAGAUUGACUUUGCCCUGGACUGGAUGGCAGUGGAGGCUGGCCGUGCUGUCUACAGACAAGAUGAUAAGUCAGACAGCACUUUUAUUGUUUUGAGUGGCCGCCUGCGUUCUGUCAUUAAGAAGGAAGAUGGGAAAAAAGAGCUUGCUGGAGAGUACGGUCGGGGGGAUCUUAUUGGUGUGGUGGAAGCAUUGACUCAUUUGAACAGAGCUACUACAGUCCAUGCUGUCCGAGACUCUGAACUGGCUAAACUGCCUGAGGGAGCUCUCAAAUCCAUUAAAAGGAAAUACCCGCAGGUUGUGACUCGUCUCAUCCGUCUUCUCGGGCAGAAAAUCCUGGGAAAUAUGCAGCAAGUAAACGGCCCACUUGCAGUUCGCAAUCUUGGUUUAAACACCCCAACCAGCAAAUUGGAUGCAGUCAAUCCGGCUGCCAACCUGUCUACUGUUGCCAUUCUACCCGUGUCUGAGGAGGUGCCCUUGAUGGCCUUCACCCUGGAGCUUCAGCAUGCUCUCAGUGCUAUUGGCCCCACUUUGCUUCUAACCAGUGACAUUAUCAGGCAGCGCCUGGGGGUUGCAGCUCUGGACAGUGUUCAUGAGUACCGUUUAUCCAGCUGGCUCGGCCACCAAGAAGACAUCCACCGAAUUGUCUUGUAUCAGUCAGAUGGUUCUUUGACACCUUGGACUCAACGUUGCAUCAGACAGGCAGACUGUAUCAUCAUUGUGGGUCUGGGGGAACAGGAACCCACCGUGGGAGAGUUGGAGCGUAUGCUGGAGAGCAGUGCAGUAAGAGCUCAGAAACAGCUGGUACUGCUGCACCGCGAGGAUGGACCUCCACCCAGAGGAACGGCUGAAUGGCUCAAUAUGCGCAGCUGGAUCUCCAGACAUCUGCACCUGUCGUGCCCCCACAGGGUUUUCUCAAAGAGAAAUUUACCCAAACUGAGAGAGAUGUAUCAACGGGUCUUUGAAAAGCCUCCUGACCGGCAUUCCGACUUUUCCCGUUUGGCUCGGAUCUUGACAGGCAACGCGAUCGCUCUUGUGCUGGGAGGGGGAGGGGCCAGGGGCUGUGCUCAGGUGGGCAUCAUUCGAGCAAUGAGUGAAGCAGGGAUCCCUGUGGAUCUGAUUGGUGGCGCCUCCAUUGGUUCCCUCAUAGGGGCACUGUAUGCUGAAGAGCGAAGCGUCAGUCGUAUGACAGUCAGGGCACGCCAGUGGGCCAUGGAAUUUGGGUCAAUUUUUAAGAGGAUCAUCGACUUGACCUAUCCGGUGACAUCCAUGUUUUCAGGAGCAUCAUUUAACUCCAGCAUCAGUGGUCUCUUUAAGGAUAAACAGAUAGAGGACCUUUGGAUCCCAUACUUCAACAUUACCACAGACAUCACUGCCUCCUCCAUGAGAGUGCACACUGACGGCUCUCUGUGGCGUUAUGUGCGUGCCAGCAUGUCUCUUUCUGGGUAUCUUCCCCCUCUAUGCGACCCUAAAGAUGGACACUUACUCAUGGAUGGAGGCUACAUCAAUAACCUACCUGCUGAGACAGCUCGCUCAAUGGGUGCCAAGUUGGUGAUUGCAGUUGAUGUCGGCAGCCAAGAUGAGACUGAUCUGACCAACUAUGGAGACUCUUUGUCUGGAUGGUGGCUGCUGUGGAAACGUUUCAACCCGCUGGCAGAGAAAGUAAAGGUGUUGAACAUGGCCGAAAUCCAGACGCGGCUAGCCUAUGUGUGUUCUGUGCGCCAGCUGGAGCUGGUUAAAGACAGCGACUAUUGCGAGUACCUGCGGCCACCCAUUGAUCGCUAUGGCACGUUGGAGUUCGGCAAAUUCGACGAGAUCGCUGAUGUUGGUUACCUGCAUGGAAAGACCGUGUUUGACGUGUGGUGCAGGAGUGGUGUAAGGGAGAAGAUGCUCAAAGACCAACAUCAAGAGGAGUUCCACAAAUCCAAAAACACCAAUGUGAUGACCUGUCCCAAUGCAUCCUUCACCGAUCUGGCUGAAAUAGUCUCGAGAAUAGAGCCUGUGAAGCAGGCUGUCGUGGAUGAUGAGUCCGAGUACCAGACAGACUAUGAUGAAGAUGCAGUGCUGUCAGACUUCGAUCUUUCCAAUCCAAACAGUGAACACAGUGAGCAUACGGAAGAGGAAGAAGAGGAGACUGCAGAUUCACCUGACACAGAGGAUGAAAUGGAGAUCAGGCGAAGGAGACAUAGAGUAUCCAACCACACAAGCCACUUUAGCACCUGACCUCCGAUAUCUUUUGUUUAAGAUGUUUUAAUAGGUCUUUAAUAUAGUAUGAGUUAUAAUAUUUUAUAAGGGGAUUUAAUCAAGAAUUAAACACUUAAGAUAUACUAUACAGUUGAUUCUGAAUUGUUUUUAGUCUCUAAAAGAAUGAUAAAUAGGUUUGAGAUUGUAGUCAAUAGAUAUUAAAUCGGUUAAGAUGGCACGUGGGAUGCAAAUGGGACCCUCAUCACUGGAUUCGGUCUCUGAUGCCAGUAACAACGGAUUUAAUUCUUUAAUAAAGUGUUUUUUCUCAUUAAAGGGAUAGUUUACCCAAAAAUGAACUAUUGGGUGAACGAUCCCUUUAAGUUUAUAAGUCAUAAUAGUAUUUCACAACGAAUUUAUUAUGCAAACUAUCAAUGCAAUUGCAACAGAACUUUUUAAUAUGUGAUAUUAAAAGGUCAUUCUUUUAAUGUUUUAAUAUUUAUUAAAAAGUGAUCCUAUUUGUUUAUAACCUCAGAACAGAAGAAUAGGCUUGGGAAAUUAACUGUAAAAGAUAUUCUUGAAUUUGCACCUAUUUAUAUAAGAUGCAUCUCAUACAUAGAUGUAUUAUGUAAUGUUGGUCUUGGGGAGGAUUACUAGUCUAUUAUUAGUCAUUACUAGUCUCUUGCACUGUUUUAUUAUUUGGCUAAUUUUAAACUAAUCGUUUUCUGAAUCCUCAAUUCCUCAGCAGCUAUUUACCUAUUUGUAAAUUCUUUGCACUGCUAUCAAAAAUGUAAAACUUAUUGUUUGUUUUGACCUUGUACUGCAUGCUAAGCUGCAUAAAAAUAGUGUUACCACUCUUUGCAUACAAUUAAAAGUGAUUAAUUGA